UGCAAAUGCCUCAGCCAUUCACCGGGAGACUUUUUCAACUGGAGCACUCCUAGAACUGAGGCAAAGUGACACCGUAACAGUAUGUGGUUAUUUAUCACCAACUUUUAAAUGAAUUUUCAUUUUAAAAAGAGAUCAUUAUAUGUAGGAGAAAUGCAAGCUUAAUGUGAUAUAGCUGAAUUGUAGCCAAUUUGUAGUUAACAUUGCAUGAAGCGGUUUUGUUCGAAAGAUCUAAAUGUGUGGCAAAAGUUUGCUCUGUUGGAAGAAGCAGCCAUGGGCCAUCAUACAUGCACUGGUCUCCACUUGUUACUCUGUAUCAGCACAAUUCUGAUCCUCUUUCAUCAAAGCUCAGCCUGCCGCCGGGGAACAGAGACAGAAUGUGAGAAAGCACCCUUUGUGCCUGGCUACAACCUCGCAGGAGAAGGAUUUGAUGUAGUCAGGCUGCAACGCAAAGGUGCCUAUUUGAUAAAUGUUAAAUCCCACAGUUUUGAGAACUGCACAUGUACUGUGUGCAAGAACCGCUUCCAAGGAGGACAGCUGCAGAAACUUCCCUUGGCCAUUGUGGACUGGCGUCCUUUCAGCCGCUGUAGCAAACAGCUCUCAAGUGCUAUUCACCAUUCCAUUGAUUCACUUAUCAAAAGCUCCACAUCGCUAGUCAACAAUAACUGGGGGAUAGACCUUAGUUUGGAUGAUUUGGGCAAGGCUGUUUUGGGAGGGAGCCAGUCAGAUAUAGCCAAGUUUGCCCAAUCGCAGCACAUGAUGGACAAGGCGACUUUUGCUCUGCAUGAGAUCAGCUGCACUUAUUACAGUUACAGGGUAAUGGAUCAACCAGAGCUCAGUAUGGAAUUUACUAAACGUUUACUUCAACUACCUAGACACUACAGUGAGAAAACUAAAUCCCAGUAUCAGAGGAUUAUUGAUACAUAUGGCACCCAUUACAUCCGUCAUGUCUAUUUAGGAGGACGCGUGAGACAAGUCACCGCCUUCCGAACCUGCCUUGCAACCCUAAAGGGCUUUUUGGAGUCUGAUAUAAAGAACUGUCUGAACAUUGAGUUAAAAAUGUCUCUAGGAUUUCUGCCUGCAAACGCAUCACUUUCUAACAAAUGCUCCAAUAUUCUCAAGGAUAAUAUGAGCAUGGGCUUCUAUCAGGGCUUCUUGACACAGAAGUUGGAGGUCUUGGGUGGUGAAAGUUACUUCCCAGACCUUGUGUUUCAUCAGAGCCCAGCCGAAGCUUAUGCAAACUGGAUGAACAGCUUGCGUGAGAACCCAGAUAUAAUUUCUUAUGCCAUUUUUCCUCUCCAUCAUCUGGUAGUUGACCCAGAGCUAAGUGCCAGCCUAAGGAGGGCUGUGACUGAAUACAUUGAAGAGAACAUGCUUCCUUCGGAGCAGAAUCAGAACCAUGAAUGCAACCCAACACCGAACUUGGACCACAACUGCUGCCCUCUGCGAGUAGGUCAUGGCACCUUGAGAGUAGUGGUGCAGCGGGCCACAGGUCUUAAGGCAGACAUGUUUACUAAAACGGAUGGGUUUGUCAAAGUGUGGUACAAUAACAUGUAUGAGGAGACAGACAUAGUGAUGGAUGAGAACAACCCAGAAUGGAACAUUAGUUACAAUUUUGGUUCAAUAGAAUUAGGUCAUGAGUUAAUAUUUGAGGUGUGGGACAGUGAUGUAAUGUAUAACGACAUGGUGGGAAGGUGUGUCGUCUAUCCUGAACGUGGAAUUCACUCACAUAGUUGCAAAUUAAAAAAGGGAGUUUUUUAUUUCACUUACAGCGCCCAAUGUGACGCUCACCUGGCUGGCCAUAGGUGCGGACGAUACUCCCCAAAAGCCUGAGUACCUCGAUCAGGCAGUCACAGAGAUGAUUUUUUUUUUCGAACUAUGAAAAUAUGAAUAAUUUCGAAUUUUUGUUUUACUUUUCCCUCUAGCUUUUCCAUUUAUCUAUACAUCAAAUAUAAUUUGAAAUGACCAUUAAAUAUAAACGUGCAAAAUAUCAGUUUUAGUUUGUUCAUUAGUGUCACCACUUUCUAAAUGGAAUCAUGGCUACAGGAAAACCUAACUGUUGCUUUUGUAGAAAUAUUUCUGGAUUAGUAACGUAGGAGCGAUUUGGGGGUGGGUGGUCUGAAAUGCUAGCAGGGUUUAUUUUUUUAAAUAAAGCACUUAAAUCCUCAUUUCUAAUGUCUUUUCACUGGUUAAAUAUUUGUAAAACACACAGACAGACGUAAAGGCUGACCAAUAGCAUUCAUCUAUGCAAAAAAAUAAAAAUGACAAAAUAUGGAGAUACGAGUUCUGAUGUAUGUCACUGAAUGAAGCUCAAUUUAUUCAUUAAUAUUACUCCAAACAGAGAAUUGUUCAUUUAAAACACUAGCUACUAUAAUCAUUAAGAACAGCUGCUAGUUAAUGUAGCUAGACACAGUACAUGUUGAGACUUGGGUUUCUGUUUCUGUUGGUGAGCUGAAGCUAUGAGUAUGAGUUGGAGGAGUUGUAUUUUGCUAUAGAAAAAAAAACACUCCAUUGCCCAGUUUUUUCGCUGGAUGACAGUGUGAACUACUAUGGCAGUUCUUGGUGCAGCAGAACUGCCCUACCAUGGCAACGUUUUCCAGAAUGAAGAAAAUGAAAACACACAGUCUCCAACUCACCAACAGUGGGAGUGAUCCUCACAUGAUGGCGCCCCCAUCCCAAACAUCCAACUAGCUGGCUAACUGGUAGCUAUCCAUACAACUUACAAGCUUGUCCUCCUCAGUAUUUUCUACUCCUAUUUUUCAUCCUCCUCGGUCCUCUUCCUCUUAAAAUAUUGUAGGAUACUCCUCUCUGUGUGAAUCUUUUGACUAAUGUUACCAUUAAAUCGUUUAUGAACACAUACCAAUGGCACAUACACACAAUUUUGCUGUGCUAGCUAGCUUGCAGACUUGUGCAUAUUUGAUGGUUUCAUAGGCUAAAUAAUUAUUUUGACAACAAAAUUGUCGAUCAAAACCAGCAAACAUUCAACAAUUUCAUGGACU